ACAAGCCUGGCGUCCAGCCUCCAGACCUGUGGAUCCAUCACGGCCACUUGGAGCUGAAGAACUUUGACAAGGGUGAGCGCAGCAACUCCCCCAACCACGCCUCCAUCAUCCAGCACACAGGAGUCGCGUCACAUCACAAUGGGACCAAAAAAGGACGAGAAGGGACAAGACAAGAAGAAAAGGUCUUCUGCUGCCGCUGCUGCCUCUCCUGAUGAUGAUGAGCAACAAGAAGACACUCAAGAACAACCUGCCAAGAAAGUGAAGGGACGAUCCAAGAAGAGGUCAUCGUCUGCUACCGGGGAGACACCCCCUCCUCCAGCCCUCUUGCGUCACCAAUCCACUUGGACACAGAGCCCCAACCUGGUCAUGAUGAUGCUGGGUGUGUCUUUUGCUCAAAAUCGGGAGCAAAUUCUUGGAGGAGAUUUGAAACUCGUAGUAGAUCCGGAGUUAUCGGUGUAGUUCGUCGUACAUUGUAGUACUUCGUACUUACAAAUCGGGACAGUUGGUGUGGUUCGUGAUACUUCGUAGUACUUCGGCUCCAAAACUCGGCGUACUUCGGGAGAAAAUCAGGGUGAAAUCAUAGUACAUCGUAGCAUAUUGUAGUACGUCAUAGCACUUUGGGAAAUAAUUUGGUGUACUUCGGGGAAUAUGCCCUCGAGGUCGACCGAACGCCUCGAGAUGAAAAGAUAAACAAAUUUUCGUAGUGAUUCGGGGAAAACGCUGUCUCCCGAGGUACUACGAUUUUUUUGUGAUUCGGCGUCUGUGAGACCGGGGGGGGCGCGGCAGGUCCCUGGUACCCCCGCCUGGUUCAUGGCCGCCUCGCACAAGACCAAGGUUGUCGCAAAGAACAUAUCCAGAAUUGCACUCAUUUCCGAGGAGGCGACGAAAUACACGGCACAACAGGUCAGAAGGUCAAGGAACGCCCCAUUGCCAGCACCUUCUACGCACCCUUCGACCUUUACGAGCGAGGCAAGUUCGACGAGAUCCUUGAGGGGAUGGUCAGCUCCCACGCCCAGAACGAGGACAUGGCCAUUUCCGAAGCCAUGACCAGCAAGAUGUUCGAGGACGCUAAGACUGGUGUUGGCCUGGACCUGGCGGCACAGAUCCUGCAGCAGGGGCGUGACCACGGCAUCGCUGGAUACAACCGCUGGAGGCACCUCUGCGGCCUCCCGAAAGCUGCCUCCUUCCAAGGCCUGAGUGACGUCGUUGCCCCGGAAAACAUCAAGAAACUACAAGGGAUUUAUAAGCAUGUGGAUGAUGUGGAUCUCUUCACCGGUGGACUCGCGGAAAAGCCAAACUGUGGAGCGCUGGUCGGGCCCACGUUUGGCUGUUUGAUUGGUCGCCAGUUCCACCACCUGAGGCGAGGCGAUCGUUACUGGUAUGAGGACGACAUCCCGCCCUCCUCAUUCACUAAGGAACAACUUUACGAGCUCUGCAAGACCAGCCUGGGACGUGUGAUCUGCGACAGCAGCGACAAGCUCCAGCACGUCCAGCCCAAGGUCAUGCUGGAGGCUGAUUCCUUCCUGAAUGCCCCAAUGGCCUGCCAGGGGAAGCAUAUCAAGGGUGUGGACCUGAAGAAGUGGAAGACCGCCAGCCCCAACUUCAUCAUUCCCGACAAGAUGCUUCAGGAGAGCAUUGAGAGGGCCAGGCGCGACAUCACCAACAUGAGGGACUCCGAGUGGAACCUCUGGGAAGCACCACACACACCAACUGACCCAGGACCCAGAACGAAGCAACAGACUAACUCCCGACCCAGACUGACCCCAAGCGGACACCCCAGGACGCAACGCCCGACCUGGGGGGGCCAACGCGUGACCCCUGACCUCAUGCAAGCGCUGGUGGGCAGGGGGUCGGAAGCGCAGGGGAGUGAGGACUUGAAGUUGAGUCCGAGGGUUAUGCGGGAGGCCGAGGAGCUUCUGACGGAUUGCUUUAGCGCGGGUGUCAAGGCUUGGGGGAUUAUGAGGCAACACGAACGGCAGCUGUGGCAGAAACGUCAGGCAGCAUAAGGGCACGAAAAACAGCUGACCGCCAGCUGAAGGACACUGAAUCCGGGUCACCAAGCAGCGUCCUCGACCUGAUGGAAGUGUUGGCAAACAUUGACGUGAGCGACAUCAUGGAAAUCCCCAGUGUGUUUGAGUGUGACGACCAGACCUGCCUUGCGACCAUACACCACGAUUCCGUACGGCGACAGGAUGGUGCAAUAACCUGAAUUUCCCGUCCUUCGGCAAGUCAUUCCGGGCCAAGAGUCGUCUGUUGAGGCCCUCCUAUGAAG